AUGGCCCCGCCUCACACCCUGUUGGGCCUGACUCUGCUGCUGCGUCUGCUCUUACUGUCCUGGGCGCCCACCAGAGCCGAGGCCGGGAAGGUGGUCGUGCUGGCACCCACCGAGGUUCAUGGCUCCCUGGGCAGCACCGUGACCCUGCCAUGUCACCUGCAACCUCUCGAGUCCAAAACCAAGCAGGUGACUCAGAUCAGGUGGAAGCGGCUGGACCCUCUGGGGGACCCCAGCAUUGUGGCCGAGUUCUACUGGGAGCAGGGCCCCAUCAUCCCAGAGCCCGACCGUGUGGAGUUCAAGGCCGCCAGGUUGGGUGCGGACCUGCUGGACGCCUCGCUGACCAUUCGUGAGCUGAGCCCUGGGGAUGAAGCCAAUUACACCUGCGAGGUCCACAUCAGCACGUCCCAGAUGGGAAGUGCGCUUACCUGGCUACGUGUGUUCUACUCCCCCCAGGUCUCCAUCGCCCUUUAUGAUGACAUUGGGCAGCAGAGCCGCAGGGAGACCAAACUGACCUGUGACGCCCGCAGCAACCCAGAGCCCAAGAGUUAUGACUGGAGCACGACCACGGGGCCUCUGCCCCCAUAUGCUGUACCCCAGGGCUCCCGGCUCCUGAUCCAGCUCACUGAAGAGUUCAUCAACACGACCUUUAUCUGCCGCGUCUCCAAUGACGUGGGGACAGGCCAGGAAGCCAUGAGAGUCCAGCUCCCAGGAUCUCCCCAGGAACUGUCACCCUCACGUUCAGCUCUCCGGAUCGGUCUCUGUGUUUCAGGAAUUGUGUUUGUGGCUAUGCUGGGGGCCCUGGUUUAUUCCCGGGUUCGGAGGCAGGCCCGCAGCCUGUCCUGCAUGUCCCCUGAGCUGGGCGGCCCCGACCCUGCAGACAUGGACACUGAGGCAAGGGCUGGUCUCCCACCCUGA